UGCGUCGUCCGCAAAGACAUCGACAAGCGAAUCGUAUUGACUGCUUCUCCAUCGUACUCUUAAAUCCCGGAUUUAUCGGGUCCAGAUUCAGUAAAUCGCAUGUCUCAUAUUGCGUUAAGAACUUGUGUCCACGAUGCUUAAGCAUCAGAUGGCGCCACUUAAUAUAUAUGAGUUUCUGGGACUUGUGAGUAUGCUCUCAACUUAUUUCUGUAACUGCUGUAACUGAUUUUCAUCUACGCACGAUUUGGUGGGUUAACCGUGCAUCAUGGUUGAUACCGCUUGUCACAGCUUACAAUAAUGCGAGCGGUAAUUAUUCUAGUUACAAAUCUGCAUUAAGAAGUCACUUUUAACGUUGGUCAGUGUACCAAGUAAAAUAACGUCCACAACAGAAUGCAAAAAUGAGGGGAUUCAACAAACUCUUCGGAACAUGUAUAGUGCUGCAUUACCUUUGCGGCAUUUGCACUACUCAUUUGCUGAUAAAUGUAAAAAAUCAGGGAGGUGAUAUUCUUUUGGAAACAAUUACGUCCAAUGUCACAGAAGAUAUGAUCACUUUGGAGUUCCAACGUUCGGAUGGUACUCUAGUGACGCAACUAAUUGAUUUUAGAAAUGAAGUUCAAAUUAUAAAAGCACUAGUUUUGGGAGAAGAAGAACGUGGUCAGAAUCAGUACCAAGUUAUGUGUUUUGUUAACCAUUUUUACAAAAUGGACUUUAUAUCCUCGGAUGCGAUGUCUAAGCUACGCCAAAAAAAUCCUGGAACGAUACGCAUAGCAGAGGAAGAUAGAGGUCAUUCGAACUAUACAAUGGAUUUGUUUUUGGAUGUAUCCAUGUCCAAAGUCAUUUCCAAGCAUGUAGCAUUACUCUGUGCGGAAGCAGCAGACUCAACAUAUACAAGACACGAAGAUCUGAAACAAUGGAAUCAGAGACCUGGGUCGUCAGAAGUAGCACUUAUGGCUGCAGUGCGUAACUUCACGUCUGUUGCUACAAUGCCAUUAGGUGUUAAUGACUCAAAGUCGGUAUCGAUAUCAAAGUGUGCUGACACAUCGAAUUUAUGGGCAUCUUGUACAUGUUCUUUAGAACUUUGCAUAGGUUGGUAUCCCUGUGGGCUAAAAUUUUGUAAAGGUAAAGGUGACAGCAAAAAAGCGCCCAGCACGUAUCGAUGUGGUAUCAAAACGUGCAAAAAGUGUUUUAUAUUUUCCUACUACUCUAGAAUGAAACAGAAUUGUCUAUGGGAUGAAUGACAUUUCCGCACAUAAUAAGGCUUUUUAGAUUUGAUACGUUUGUGUUAGACGUAAAGCUGCAUUUGCUCGAUAUAGAUGUAUGAAAUUUCAUAUUAACAAGGGCAUUUAAUUAUGUUAUUUUAAAUGUGCAGAGAUUCUUGUACCAAUAUUUGAUAACAUGUCUGCGUGAAUCUUAGGGAAUGAAAAAUAUUAAGAAUACUUUUUCACGGUGAAAGUAGAUCAAAUGCAGACCGCACAUUACUAAAUAGAUAUACCGAACUUCACGAAAUAAGUUAAUGUUUUUACUCAGCAAGAAUUAAUGUGCGAGUUGAAUGGGAAGUUUUACAGUCGUACAAUUCUUUUAUAAUUAUAUUUUAUCCAAGAUUUUACAAAGGAGUAAAUUACCAAAUCUUAUUUUACUUCAUCGUGCAGCAAAAUACGUAGCUGGACAAUAGGACCACAUGUGCUACGUACACUUGUGCUGACCAGUAUUGACCGAAGUCUUUGUCAAUUAGUGUGCUAAUAGUCUAGAUAGUAAUAAUGAAUUGCACUGGUCAGUUGAAAAGUCAAAAGUUCCGUAUUUAGAAUUGGUUCUUAGUCCUCGAUGACUUUUAACAGUCUUACCGGUUUUCUUUUUAAAUAGACCAAGUGCUGAAUGUAAUUUUCUAAUUGACUCGAUCUAAUUUUAUGACCGAAGUCCAGACUUCAAAAAUCGCCCAUGAAUACUGUCGUGAUUGUACUUAGGAGCGAUCUCAUUGUCGUCUGAAUGGAUGUAUUUGUAAUAAUAGGAUAUCGUUUGGAAGAAUCAGGAGGAAAAGAAUUUAAAAAAAAUACUUCUUGUCGAAGGAAACAUUCCAAAACACCCAGUGUGUAUUUACACUUUUGAUAAUGUACGAGUCUUCAGUACAUACAUUUCUCUACUUGAAUUUACCAUAACACGAGACUUUACACAAAGAAACGAUUUCCAUGGAUGUACAUAAAACUUGCCCAUGAAUUUUAAACCUACCACAAUGAGCGUGUUUUUAUCUUUACAUUUCUUAUCGUAAGCGUUUUAACCUUUCCAUAUCUUGUAAAAUUGAUAAGUUGUGGGCCAAUCGUCAUUCGUUACUAGAAAACCAUUCCACGUUUAAUUUUCUUUAAAGUAUUACUUAUUCUUGGAUCAUAAACACGUAAUCUAAAAAUGAUAUUACGAAUCGUCCAUUUUAGACAAUUGUGCUACACUCUGCGUGCGGCUAUAUCGACUUGUUGAAAACAUGGUACGAUAAUACAAAUAAUCAUGACUCAAUACGCUGCCACAUUGUAUACGUAUAUUCCGUUUCAAUUGUACAUAAUGUUAAGGCUUUGCACUCGAGUGGUGUCUGUAAGACAUCAUACCUGUAAGGUAUAAUAGAUUAUGAUAUUAAUUCGAGUGCAAAAGGGCCGAAUAUAUUUUCGACAAAUGUCGAGUACCGUGCGUACGAACAACCGGUAGCUAAUGAUAAGUAAGACGUUAAUCUUGUACAGCGUAAUUAGUAAAUGUUUACGAAGGGGGUGGACACAGUCCAAGAGUCAAAGAUCGGCGUCGCUUGCAUAAUUUCAUUUACAUGUGGACCUAGGUGUAUGUAUAUAAAUAUUAUAUCAAUUAUCAUCGGGGGAGAGAGAUGUUUUUUAGCGGGCCAUCUUACAAAAGACUGCGAAAUCUGUCCAUUUAAUGCUAAAAAUAUCGACAAGCGGUUAAUGAGUCCUGCUAAAAUCAAAUCGACGGAACGAACGUCACGGUCGCUGCUCUCUGUGCUUCCUUACGAGAAAUAGUCUUUACCGAUAAGAAAUGUCUUAUUAAUUUAACAAUUUAUGGGGGAAACGGUAGAUCGGGAUUCAGCUAUGCUUAACGACUCAUCGUACGAAUUAAUUCUUCAAAAGCCGUUCGGACAUUUCUAACCGAGAUUAGGAAGUUCGUCGAAGGUGCUUUGUAAGGCUAAUUGCGAGAUUUCAUUUCUUAACAGUGAACACCGAGAUAAACAAUUGGUACGAUGACCGAUUGAUGGACAGAAGAACAUUUAAGGGAUAUUUUGAUGCUUUCUUUAAAAUGACGUGUGUUUUAUGUCGCAUCUUACCGUGUCAGUCUUUACAAUCAGCACAAAUUUUAUUCUAGUUCGUAGAGAAUAUGUUUAUUGGCCGUGAAUAUGUAUUUUACAUCUCAGUGGAGUAAUCGGUUUUUUAUUCCAACAUUUUACCCGAGUGAAGGAUUUUUUAAUACUUGAGUAAUUUGUAUAUUAAGCAAAUAUUUUAAUACAUGUCCGUCGUGUAGCAUGUAAUAUAGUAUGUCCAUUAAUCAAGUGUAUUUAAAAGUGCACUUGUCAAUACGAAUUGUUAACAUUUAACGAGGGCUGGGAUCUUUACAGUCGUUUCGGGUUCGAAGAAAUGAAUUUCUCGUUAUUCACGAGGCAGCUUUACAGUAGCAAAUUAAAUAAAUAAUGAGAGAUCAUUGUAAUCCUGGAGAAUGCUCCGGUAGAUAGGCAGCUAUCGUUUUCUAUCGUGCCUUUGGUGCUACAGUCUCUCGUUAUCCAGUGAAGCUUUUCAAGCGGAAUGUAUUGUAAAAAUGUAUUUCAGAAUUGUACAGAAAUAGAGCUAGAGGUGUUCUCUCUGUGUAAGCAAUUUGCUCAAUUGCUGGCGACAAUUGAGUAAAUCCCAGUGGUGAGACGAUUUGCCGGCCGAUUUCGAUUCCGUCAAUUCUCAAACUCGACGUGUCGUCGUUGCUUGAUGUUAAUUGUCAUUGUUAAGAAAUGAAAUUUAAACGGUCCUCCUCGAGGUAGCGUUGUAUGUACGAAUGCAUUCGUCUCUGCGAACGCUAGCCGGAUGGUAAUUCGUUGAUCAAAGAUACAUGCGAGUCAAUAUGUUAUAAUUAAAUAUAAUAAUUCAAGCCCUGACUAUAAUGACUAAUGUAUAGGGAUAGCAAUACCUAUGUAUAUGUAUAUACGUACGUACGCGACAUGGGAAAUAGGCUAAGAGUCAUACGCGACCACGAUACCACUGCGUUUCUCUUCUUUUUUUUUUAACAACAAUGGGUGGACAUUUUAACCCCCUAAUUUUAGACAUUUCGAAACGUUAUCAUAUCAUGGGUUUUUAUUGUAGCGUGUUUUUUUUUUUAAAUCUUUCCAUCAGGGAGCUGGCCGAUACAUUGUACGCGGAUUUUAUUUCGAUAUGAGGAGUCCAUUUAACAGCUGUUAAUUAUGGAGCUAUUAAAAUACGUAACUAUACGUAAAUCAAAGGGAAAUAAUAAUAGAUGUUACCUGCUAUUCUAGCAGCUAAGGUGAAACAUAAUUUACGAAUCGGUGCACGAGUUCGUGUGACGUUUGCGCGAAUCUAUGACACUGUACAAUCGAAUUUUCUUUUUAAUUUCCGUGACACUUCAAAGUUUAGAUAGAAAUCGAAUGACAGAAGGAAAUGUGAAAGAGAGAAAUCUAUAAUAGCGGUAUUAAAUAUUUAAUAUUUGGCUGGAGUAUAUAUAUAUACGUACCGCAAAGUGUUAUCAGAACAAGAGCUGCUAGUUUGUACUACAGCUCUAAAGGGUUUCGAACAAGACGAUACUUGACGUAAGCGUAAUUGUAAUACCACGGUAUAAUUUGUGCUUUACACAUGAUGUUGUAAUUAUAUACAUAUUUUUUAUAUAUAUUUAAUAAAAACUAUGAUCCCAA